GAAGGAAAGUAUAAUGGACUCUGCGAUUAUGUUGUGUAACUAAAUUCUCGGAAUCUACUUCCUAUGCGGUGAUUCAAUUUUGGUACUAACAAGCAAAAGAUGUUUUCUCCUUCAGGAAUCACCCCUCAGGCUGGAGGACUUCUUUACCAAAUGACAACAGUAUUAAAUAGUGUCAAGAAGUCAUCCAUUGGAAGGUGUAUGUCAUAUAUACAGACAAAAACACAGCAUGAUAACAACUCAAAAGUAAAAACAGAACCAAGUGUGGCAACUACCUCAGACACAGUAACAUCUGACAGUGAUCCUUACACCACAUUUCUUGAAGAAUUUGGUUUGUCAUCUAUUCCAGCUGAACUGUUAUCUCAGCUGACCACAGCUUUGUCUAUCUGUCAGUGUAACACAAACAGCACUGAUAACUUGUGGAGAGUAUCUCAUGUCUCUUCAGAUUCAUUUUUCAAGAACAAACAUGGAUUUUCAAGUAUAACUGAUCAUUCAAGACACAAGUCAUCCAUCUUCAUGACAUCUUUUUCAAAAAUACCAUGGCUACACACAUCAUUUCACACCCAAAACAGAGGAAUACAUUCAUAUUCUUCACGGCGAAUACAGCAGCUGGAGGAGAGAGCUAAUGCAGAAGAACACAAUCCCAGGGCUCAAUCAGAAUAUUUGCGGGCCUUGGUUCAGGAGGAUCCAAAUUAUGUUGUGAGGAGAUAUGAGAGUGGAAAGUAUGCCAUAGACCAAUCUGUGACAAAUGAAUACUUGAAGGCACUGGUGAUGACAGACAGAGUUAACCAAGUUGACAUGAAAAAGAUCUUUUCUUCAGGCAAUGAUUAUGGUAGUACAUCAUCCCAUGGGGCACCAACCUCUCCUUUAGUUCAAACUGGGACUGAGGACAGUCCAAUACAUGUCAUUACUCAAAACCAGAAAGGUUCAUUCUUCCGCGAACAAUUUUGGAACACAGUCAGAUUUUUGAUUGCCCUUUUUCUGAUCACCUCGCUGAUUGAGGGGCAACUUCAAAUGAAAUUAACUUCAGGUCACAAAGAUAUUCAGCCCAACACCACAGACAGAAAGUGCAGAUUUAGUGAUGUUCAGGGGGUUGACGAAGCUAAGCAAGAAUUAAAGGAUGUGGUGGAAUUUCUAAGAAAUCCAGAGAGAUUUAAAAGACUUGGAGGCAAGAUGCCAACAGGAGUUCUUCUUAUUGGCUCACCAGGAACAGGCAAGACUCUUCUUGCCAAGGCUGUUGCUGGUGAGGCUGGGGUUCCUUUCUUCUUCUGCUCUGGUUCAGAGUUUGAUGAAAUGUUUGUUGGUGUUGGAGCUGCUCGAGUCAGGAAUCUCUUUGCUGCUGCAAAAGAGCAUGCCCCCUGCAUAGUGUUCAUUGAUGAGUUGGACGCGAUUGGUGGGACAAGAAUUGUCCACGAUCAUCAGCCAUAUUCCAGAAUGACCCUGAAUCAGUUGCUUGUUGAAUUGGAUGGAUUCGAUACAGGAGAAGGAAUAGUCGUUAUUGGAGCAACAAACUUCCCAGAGGUUUUAGACAAGGCUCUUAUCAGACCUGGCCGAUUUGACACUAAGAUAACGGUACCCAUGCCGGAUGUGAAAGGGCGACAUGACAUCCUCAAGGUGCAUCUGAAGAAAGUACAAGUUGCUGAAGAAAUCGAUGUAGAAGUGCUUGCAAGAGGAACUGUUGGUUUCUCAGGUGCUGAUUUAGCCAACUUGGUGAAUGUGGCAGCAAUUUAUGCAGCAAGUGAAGGAGAUGCGAGCGUCUCAACGAAGCACCUUGAAUUCGCUAAAGACAAAAUCAUCAUGGGUCCCGAAAGGAAAAGUAAAGUCAUUGAAGCCAAGAACAGGGAACUUGUGGCGUAUCACGAGGGAGGACAUGCGCUCGUGGCGCUUUAUACUCCUGAAGCUUUGCCGAUACAUAAAGCAACCAUUGUGCCGCGGGGUCAGUCCCUGGGAAUGGUCGCCAUGCUCCCUGAGAAAGACGAGUUAAACUGGUCUAGAGCCCAGCUUCUAGCACGGCUGGAUGUGGCAAUGGGCGGCCGUGUGGCAGAGGAAAUUAUAUUUGGCAAAGAGAACAUCACAAUGGGAGCCGCAAGCGACAUGGAAGCGUCAAACAAGAUUGCACACGCCAUGGUGUCUAUGUACGGCAUGAGUGACAAGGUCGGUAUGGUUCAAGUGAAGGAUGUUUCGAAAUCGAGUCCUGAGUUACAGGCACUUAUUGAAAGUGAAGUCAAGCAGCUUUUGAAGGACUCAUACGAAAGAGCGAAGAAUAUACUACAGACUCACUCUAAGGAACACAACCGUUUAGCCGAAGCUCUGUUGAAGUACGAGACUCUUGACUUGCAAGAGAUCAAAGAGGUCAUUCAGGGAAAACAGCUCUCUAGAAACCUGUGAUGUUGGCUCUUCCAGACUAACUUCGUUUUCGUCGAACUAAAUAUCAGCUGAAAUACUUAAAUGUUCAUUUAAAUGUUGCCGUUGCUGAAAGAAGCUUCGCCUCCGUUUGUCGAUCAGCAUCUUGAAAAUUUAGCCUGAUUGUUCGUCAGUUGCAUCUGUCUAUCCUGACCCAUGUUUGUUCUCCAUUGUCUUAUUGAUGCUCCUUUGGAGGGGCAAACUAUCAAAAGAUGAAAGGUAACUGGGAUACUAAAACGAGGCAGAAUAUCACCCUAUGGACGAAGCUGCUCUUUACUUUAAAGGAUCUUAAGUUGUAAUAACCAUAACAGUUCGAAAAAUGCGUUGACGCAUCUUAAAUAUGUACUAUAGUGCUUGGCGCAAACAGUUUUGGCCUCGUGUGCCAGGUUUUUUUUUUUUUCACUUUAAGAGUAAGGAAGUAUCCGUUUUCUGCGCCGCGCAGUCACAUGAGCCCAGUUAUGGUACUUGUUUAUUCCCUUUCUUAUCAGAAGUUAGUCGUUCCAGUUUUCGUUGUUAAUUGUUCGCGAAUUGUUUUUUACCAAAAUAUUGCUCUCGGGAGCAAUAUACCUUUCUUUUUCGAAUUAUUCCAAGCCUGAGAAACUGCUGUUUAAUCCCUGAUCAAUAUUUUGUUUUGUUUUUUUUGGUUGUAUGUCCAGAUGCUUCUUCGUUUAGUGCUUUAUUUCUGUGACACUUAGAGGGUUGGGUUUUGGAGGUUCUCAACCGAGUAUUACACGAUAGCUAAUCACAGAUUACGAGAAAGACUUAAAGAAUUAAUGAAAUCGCAAUAAGUAAUCUCCACAAAUCGCGGGAAAACGCGUGUGGCAUGCCUUAUAGUUUUUUAUUUGAUUGGCUGAUUGUGGGCUUUGUGCCUUAUUAUAGUCUUCGUGAGGAACUAGCGGCUUCGACUGAACCGAGAUUUGUCAAACAUCCAAGCUUUUCUUAAUUACUUACAACGCCCUGCUUUAAUCUAUCCGUAGAUGCGGGUACAUAACUCGGCUCUAGUAAGACAUUUUAAAUAUGGCUGCCUAUUUUCUUUUACUCUUUGCAACAAACUUUGAGUCACAGGUUUUAAAAUCUUUUGACAGUGUAAAUGCUACAAUUUCAUGUAAAAGGUUUUCAUUCCUUGUGGGAACCCGAGUUAAGUUGUUUGCUGCUGGUAUUACAUUUUAAAUUAGAAUGGAACAGGAAACAGACGGUAGCUUGAAAACUUAAAUUAUCUUUGAAAGACAAAUAAAAGAGCAAUAUCUGAA